AUGACUGAUAAACUUGCCACGAAAAUAAUCAAUGAUGUGACAAAGAUAAUAUCGUCAAAGAAAAAGUCAAAAUUAGGUGAUAUUCUCUCAAAGCUGAAAUCUUCUCCCGCUUUUACGGCGAAAGAAGCAGAAAAACUUUUUGCAAAGUUUUUAGUUAAAGAGCUUAAUACAAAAAGGGUGAGGAUCCCAUUAGAGCAUAUUGAAGACCACGUGAGUAAUCACAAAGAUGACUUCGGCUCCGGUCUAGUUCAAGCUGUUAGAGAAGAACCUGUCAGGGUGCAAAAAUCAUCUGAAGAGCCUUAUCUUCUUGAAAAUCAAGAGGCACCGCAUUCAUCAAAAAAUUUGCCUACAGUGUUAACGAAAAAUGUCGAGGCAAGUGAGCAGAUGCUUUUUAUGCCUCAAGAAGUCGGGAUUCUAUCAAAAUCAACGAUAGAGCAUUUGGAUGCUGACGUUCGUCUCGAAAAAAUAUCACGCGCCUCUAGAGAAGAGGAAGGAAGUGUUGAACAGAACCAAGAGCAGGAACUAAACAUUCAGCCUCGCUCUAUUCUUAAAAAGAAUAAAACGACGAAUUCUGAGGAAGAUGACUCUGAUCCUGAUUGGAUAGAUGAAAAUCCCGCUGAGCGGCUUGAACUUGAAAAAGAAAACUUGAUAGGUGCACUUGAAGAAAUUGCCAGUACAUCUUCCGUUCCAAGUAUUUUGGAAGCUCUGUCAACUUUGAAAACAACCGAGGAAAUUAAAAGUGAAAUGCAAAACCUGAGUGAGCAGAAUCAAAAUACUCUCAUCAAAAUGCAGCUUUUACCAAGUGAAAUAAUGAAAAUAUGCUUGACAAAUCAACUUGGAAAAAUGAGAACGUGA